UCUUCUCCUCUCUCUCUCUCUCUCUCUCUCUCUCUCUCACAGCUUCCACACAGUCCAUGAUAGUCUAGAUUCCUUAUUCUUUUUUCUCUUUUACAGUUCAUGUUACCAUCCGGAGAGAAAAUUGAAUUACUAUGCUGUUAAAUCUUCUUUUCCCUCUGUCUAUAAUCUCUUAGUGUUGCCAUUAACGUCUUUUGAGCUCCUUCUGUAUCUAUAUCCUAAUGCAUUUCUUAAUCUUACUCUGAAAGACAUAUUUUUUAGUCUCUGUUUUCUGGGUUUUGUUAAUUUCUUAACAGUCCAUUAAAACCGGGGAUUUUAAUCUUCAAAGUCUCUUCGUUUUUUUUUCCUUUUAUUCUUGCUGGUUGGAAAGAUGACUGUUGAGCGAGAAAUUGGGGAACAGAGGGAUCAGUUUCCGGUGGGGAUGAGAGUUUUGGCUGUUGACGAUAACCCCACUUGUCUACUGCUCUUAGAGACUCUACUUAGACGAUGCCAGUAUCAUGUUACCAAGACCACUCAAGCAAUCAAAGCAUUGAAAAUGUUGAGAGAAAAUAAAGACAAGUUUGACCUGGUUAUCAGCGAUGUCGAUAUGCCAGACAUGGAUGGUUUUAAGCUGCUUGAGCUUGUGGGGCUUGAAAUGGACCUACCUGUCAUAAUGUUAUCUGCAUAUGGGGAUACGAAGCUUGUGAUGAAAGGAAUUACUCAUGGAGCAUGUGAUUAUUUGCUGAAACCUGUUCGAAUUGAGGAGCUAAAGAACAUAUGGCAACAUGUGGUUAGGAGGAAAACUGAAUCGAAGGAUCGGAAUAACUCUAACCAUCAGGACAGGUCUCGCAGUGGAAAUGGUGAAGCUGCAAGUAGAAUUUCUGAUCAGCAUGGAAAGCUUAAUAAGAAACGGAAAGACCAGAACGAAGAUGAAGAUGAAGAGCGAGAUGAUGGACAUGAUAAUGAGGACCCAUCAACCCAGAAGAAACCACGUGUUGUCUGGUCCGUUGAGCUACAUCGCAAAUUCGUUGCUGCUGUUAACCAGUUGGGAAUUGAUAAAGCUGUACCUAAAAAGAUUCUAGAUUUGAUGAAUGUGGAUAAGCUUACAAGAGAAAAUGUUGCAAGCCAUCUCCAGAAAUACAGGCUUUAUCUCAAAAGAAUUAGCUGUGUGACCAAUCAGCAGGCCAACAUAGCAGCAGCCCUGAGUAGCACAGAUUCACUUUAUCUUCACAUGGGUUCUUUGACUGGACUUGGGAAUUUCCAUAAUAUUCCUGGCUCUGGGCACCUUCACAAUGCAUCUCUCAGAUCUUUCCCACCUAGUGGGAUGCUUGGUAGGUUGAACACUCCAGCUGGGUUAGGUAUUCGGGGCCUUCCUUCUCAAGGAAUGAUUCAGUUAGGUCAGGCACAAAACUCAGGCCAUAACACUAAUGAUCAAGGCAAGUUCCAGUCCAUCACAAUUGCUGGAAGCAGCGGUAUACUUCAAGGAAUGCCAACGUCAUUGGAACUUGAUCAGUUCCAAUCUAACAAGGGUGUUGCUCUCAAUGGAGAACUCCCCACGAAUUUUGAUAAUACAAUGGGUCUCCGUGUUUCCAGUGGCUUUCCAGACACUAGAACGAUUGUUACUAAUAUGAACAAUCCUCUUCUUGGAGUCGGAAACAAUCCAUUGAUGAUAGAAGGUCAAUCUCAAGAGGGUCAAAUUGGUAAAGUAUACAAGAAUCAAGGUACUAUGUUAGGGGAAUCUGGAAUUUCUCCUUUACCAGAUUAUGCUAGAUACAGUGACAGCUGGUCUGGAACUGUUCCGUCGUCUGGAAUCCAACGAAAUUCUCUUCCUUUAAGCGAAGAUAUUAAGCAGUCCGCUCUGCUUCCUGUGAGAGAUGGUAUUGCCAGAAUGGCCUUUCAAAUGGGAACUACUCAAAGUGAUGUUACUUCUCUAUCUUCAGUAUCUAUUCCACUGCAGGAGUCAAAAGCAGAUUCAGAGACUCAAGUAGCUCCGAUAAAUGGUAAUCUUGGGCAAGUAAUCAGCAGCAUCCCGCAAGAAUGGGAUGGUCGUAAACAGGAUACCGUCUAUCAUUCAAAUGUACUAAGUAGCUCCGUGAACUCCAAUAUACAUUAUAACAGUGGUAUGGUUCCACUGAGCCAGAACUUGGAGCCAAAUAACACAAUUUUUCGCAGAAAUGUGGACUUCGAUUCAAAUGGACAAUCAAAUUUUCUUGAUUCCUUGUCUAUCAGGCAUGCUGAUAUUGUCAAUCCAACUAUGCAGACAUCAUAUCUUGUGGGUCAACCAAAGCUGCAGGGCAGUUACCUUUCCGGUAGUGCUGGCUCUUUGGACGAUCUAGUAAGUUCAAUUGUGAAACAGGAACAAGAUGUGGCAAGAAUACCAGAAGGCGAAUUUGGAUCCAGUGCAUAUUCCCUCAGGACAUGAAUACGAAAGUAGGUUUGGCUGCUAACUCCUCUAAGAAGGAAUAAGGAUCGACAUGCAACUCGAAAAAUAUUAUCUGUCUAUUGGUUUUAAUCAAGAGUGUAGCUAGCUGCUACUAAUCUUCUGUCCAUAAUUUUUUUUAGACAGUUGAAAUUUUCUGUUGAUUGAGCAAAUUAAGCGAAGCAAUAUACUUUUAGAGCC